AUGAAGACGCAGUCGACAAGCCUUCGAGUUAAGUUACCUGUGUUUGUGUUUGUCACAGAGGUGAUAAUUGUUUUCUUGUAUGCUGCUUUUGUCACCUACGAUGAGCAUGCAGAUGCCAAAUUUCAGACUAACACAACUAACCCCAUGGACAAUGCAGUGUACCGAGAUUACCCUUUUUUUACUGACAUACAGGUCAUUAUAUUCCUCGGCUUUGGGUGCCUGCUUGCAUUUUUUCGACUGUAUGGUUUUGGGGGGAUGGUUUUUAACUUCCUCACGGCUACUUUUGCCAUCCAGUGGGCCAUUUUGGUGCAGGGGUACUUCCAGUUCAGCCAUGACGGUAAGAUCCACCUCGGAGUGAUCAACCUAAUAAAUGCAGAGUUCGCCUGUGCUGUGGUGCUGAUAUCUUUCGGGGCAGUGCUGGGGAAGACAAGUCCUUUGCAGCUGCUGGUCAUGGCUCUGCUGGAAGUGCCAGUGUUCGCAGUCACUGAGUGGGCCGUGCUGAAGUAUCUGAAGAUUAACGAUGCAGGAGGCUCUAUUCUCAUUCACCUCUUUGCCUGUUAUUUUGGUUUGGGUGUCACAUUUGUAUUAUACAGGCCUGGCCUAAAAGAAGGCCAUGCAAAGGAGAACACCAGCUACCAGUCCGACAUCCUGUCUGUCAUGGGGACCUUGUUCCUCUGGGUGUUUUGGCCCUCCUUCAACUCAGCAUUAACCCUGAAAGGAGACGACCAGCACAGAGCCAUCCUCCACACCUUCAUCGGCCUCAGCGCCUCCACGCUCACAGCCUUCGCUCUCUCCGCCAUGCUGAACAAAAACGGCAAGCUCACCAUGGCUGAUGUUCAGAACGUGACCCUUGCUGGAGGCGUGACAGUCGGGGCAUCUGUGGACAUGAUGAUAUCUCCUGCAGCUGCAUAUGCCCUCGGUAUGAUUGGCUGCACUGCAUGCAUGCUAGGCUACAAGUACUUGAGCCCCUUCCUGGCGCGGCGCUUCAGGAUCCAGGAUCAGUGUGGAAUACAUAAUUUGCAUGGUCUAACAGGACUUAUAUCCUGUACUGCAGGGAUAUGUGCUAUACUGAUGGCAACCGAGGAGGUUUACGGCCCCAGUUUGUAUGAGAUCUUUACCCACAGAGCACCAGUGGAAGGAGACCCUAAGCUGCAAGAGCUGCAGAUGUUGAUCCCCAGUUUACAGCCAGGGUUGGGGAGGACUGCCCGGGAACAGGCUCUCUUCCAGGUCGCAGCUGUGUUCGUUACCAUAGCAGUGUCAGCGCUGGGAGGCAUCCUCACAGGCUUCGUCUUGAAGCUGCCGUACCUCGUAUCACCAUCCGACGAUUUCUGUUUUGACGAUGAGCUGUUUUUUGAUGUUCCUCGGGACUAUGAUUCACCACUUAAAUUCAGUAACAUAAGUUCAACAGAGGAUUCUUCUGCCUGACCUGCAACAGCCAAGUGUGGUCAGUGCAGUUGACUGAAGGAGAAAAUGUAAAUAAGCCUGUAUUUGUCUUUAUACGUCAUGGAAUUUACCAUCACUCAA